UAAAUUUUAUGAACUAGCAACCAAGCUAGAAUGCAAACAAACUUUAAUAAGACAAAAAAACAUAAAUUUUUGAACUUUAACAGUUAUUUCCAAUAACUUAGAUACAUGAUAAAGUCAAUUAAGAUUAUCAAGAGCAAUACUUAGUGACUAUUCUUCCAGAUAUUUAAAUAAAAUUGUAAUUUUUAGACUUUAUGAUUUCCAAGAGUUAUUAAUAAAGAUUAUCCAUAAAGUUAAGCCAAAUUUUAUGUUAUAUAAAAUUUAUCGCAUGAGAUUAUCAAUGAAACCAAUUGGCAAAUUAAAGUAUAGAAUAAAGAAAGCUUGAAACUUACUGCCCUUAGAAUAAAAGAGCUAUUCUAUUAGUCUAAACCUCAAUAAGAUCCUUAUAUAGAGGAAUUAUAAAAUUAAAAAAAUAAGAUUAAAGAGGAAUAGAUUAUUUAAAAAAUUCAAUAAGUUGAUUUAAAAACAUUAUUCCCUAAUGUUGCAGUUACAGAUUAUAAGAAGAUAUUAGAAAGUGGAAAGUUGCUUGAAUAUAUUGAAAAAUUACCUGAUUAUAAAUUAUUGACUCAAUAUAUAAUAGAAUUGGGAAAAACAAAUGAGAGUUUUGCUGGUAUAUAUUAUUUAUUAAUGUUAGAUCACCUCAUUGAAUAGGAUAAGAAAAUUAGAAAUCAAAAAGCUGAAUUAAUUCAUUUAGCAGCAUAUUUCGAUAAACUAAAGGCAGAUGCAAUUACAAAAGAAAGGGAAUGUUAUGAAGUUCAAAAUGUAAAAAUAUUAUUUAAAAUUUUAAAGAGAUUGGAUCCAUAUCAUAUAGUUCGUUAGUUAGAUGAAUAGAUAAAUUAGUUAGAUGAAAUUAGUAAUGAUAAAAUAGAAGAUUUAAAUGGAUCUACUAUAAUUUUGAGUAAAUAAUUUGAUGAUGAGUUGCAAUAGUAUUUAAACUUGAGAAAGUAACAACACUAACUGUAAAUUAAAAAAGAUAAAUUGGAAUAAACACUGCUCUAAAAGAAAAAAGAAUAAAUGAAAUAAAAUUGA